UUAUGAGUAAAAAAAUAUAUUAAACAUUAACAUUGUUGUUUGUAAAACAUUAAAUGACACGUAUGACACCAUGUCUGAAUUGAGCCAGGGAGCUACCGAGAAAUUAUUUAUAAUUAUGUCUAAGUGAAACAAUUAUUAUUUUAUUUAAUUUAUUCGCGCCAAACAGCAAUUUACAUAAUGUUUACAACUAAGUGAUUUAAUUAAUUAAAGAUUAAAUAUAUAAUAAUAAAGUAAUUAGUGAUAAAUAACAGAGGGGUGCUAGUAAAAAUGUGCUAAAGGUGUGAUUCCUAUGCACGCGUUUAUAGACGCGCGACCGACGCGGCGCGAUUUAAUUUUAGCCGCGCAGGUACUACUUUAUUUGUUUUUAAAUAUAACCAAUUCCUAUGACCGCGUCUGGCGCCGCGCGACGACAACCGCUUCGAGAGCAGUCAAAUCACACAAGCCGCGCGGCCAAUAGUUUGACAUUUUGUAAGUGCCGUGUAAUGUCUUAUGCUAAAGUGUUAUACACAGUAGAAGAAGACAUACAAUUGGCUGAAUGUGUAAGGGCACAUCCAUGUUUGUAUGACCUAAAAAAUGCCAACUACAAAGAUCAACAAAUAAGGGAUAAUGUAUGGAAGCUUAUAUCAAAUAGCCUGAAUAAGAAAAGUGUUGAUGACUGCAAAAAGAGAUGGAAAAACAUGAAAGAUACGUAUAAUAAGAAUAAAAGAAGUAGGAAACUAGGGACGGGAUCAUCGACAAAAAAUAAACAAAAAAAAUGGGUCUUGGCAGAUGCAUUAUCAUUUCUGGACGUAUGUUUUUACGAACGAACCGGUCUGACUAAUUUUAAUUCUACGAAUGAAAUAAAAAAUAGUAAAGAAGAAGAUAGCUUAACAGUAACUGUUGACGAUGAAAAUAAUUCUAGUAAUUUAAAUGAUUUUUCAAUUAUGUCUGCAACAGAAACCACUACAGUUCAUGAUACUGAACUUGAAAAUAAUUUUAAUACUGAAAAAAAAUAUUUGACACUAAAAAAAAAAUUAUCAAAAGAAAAAAUACCUACUAAAAAAUUAAAUCAAAAUAAAGAGUUAGUGUCAUUGUUGAAAAGAAGUAAUGAGGAAAGGCAACAAAUUUUAAAUUCUAUUAAUAAAGUUGAGGAAGAAGAAGAUCCCAUUGAUGCAUUUUUCAAAACAAUGGCAAUAACAGUGAAAUCGUUUCCUCAACAUUUGAAAAUAAAAGCAAAAAAAGAAGUGUUCAACAUAAUUACAAAUUUGGAAAUAGAAAAUAGCAGUACUUCAUCGACACAAAAUAGAAAUAUUCCAUCAAGUAGCUCAUAUUCAUCCCCAAACUCAAGUUUACAAUCAUCGUCACACUCAGGAUUUUCAACAUAUGAUCGUCCAAGUCAAUACGUUUUUCCAGAUAUUACUGAUCGUCAACCUGGAAGUUGGAUUCAACCGUUUGGUGAACAAAAUUGUGAGCCAUUUCAAUACGACGAUAGACAGUGCGAAUAAGCAAAAUAUUAUUUAUUUAUUAUUUUAUUAAAUAUCUUAUCACAGCAAUAAUAUUCGGGGUCCGAAAAAGUUAUUAUAAAUUGUUUGUUUUAUUAUACCUUUACAAUUUAAAAACUGUUUGAUUUUAUCAAGUAUGUUUAUUUUUAAUAAUUUUUGUUAUAAUGUAUUGGCAUUUUUAAGAGUUCCUAUGUUUUGUUGUUAUAUUAUGUUUUGCAUUGUUAAUUUUGUAUUAAACGAGAAGUUCAACAUUGUUUA